ACCAAUGCAGAAACAUUGAACAUUGAUUUAAAAUAUGAAACCAGAAUAUCAACUCUAUAUUAUCUUUAUUAAGUGCAGAGAAUGCAUGUUUGAGUUAUAAAGUACAGCUUCUGGUCUGCAAUAACACAGUCAAACAACAGAUUAACAAAUUAAGACUAAGUUUUGUCAAUUUCUGUGUUUAGUUUAACAUUUAGCCUGUCGGGGCACGUGAUGGGGAGUGGGAUGGUAUGGGGGAACUGCAUGCGAGUGAGUGUUCUUGUUUUUGUCACAAAAAACCAGGCAAGUCUAGGUAUGAUAUUAAUGAGGGUUAAAAAAUGCGAGUAUUUUUCUAUAAUUAGGAUGAACAUUGUUUAUUACUUGUAGCCUACUAAAUCGGACAAGAUCAUACAUUUUUGAACCGACAAACCGUCUCGAUUACUAUAUUGGGCAUAUCCAUAGUUAAUCCUCCCAAUAAGCUUGUGUGGCGACUUGAUCCUAAGUCGCGCACAUGAGAAGCACAGUUCCAUUGCACUCAACCAAUGACCUAGUGACCUGAUAUGUUGACCAGAUCAACAAUCGAGUCGAAUCUGAUAACUAUGGUUUCUCUUCUACAGUUCUUUAUCCCUCGCUCUUAUCCUAGACAAAAGGAAAGAUUCUUGAGUUCCAAAAUAGCUGCAAAGUUAAGGGGUGGGGAAGAUAAUGCACAUGGAGUGUUUGUGGUUUUAACUGACACGGAAAGGUAGGGGUUAAGACAAAGAAAUGCAGUUCUAAUCAUGGAGAUGCUUCUGGCAUAGCAUGUGGAUCUAUCUCAUCCUCCACUUCAAAUUAUUAUGAUGAACCAACUCGUAUUAAAAUAUUUAAGCAAUCAAAACUGAUCUAUUUAUUUAAAUUUAGUCUUCAACACGCCCUUCAUGUACAAGACCAGAUUUAUUUGAAAUCAAAUGCACAAUAUUCAUAAAUGAGUAGUAACAAGACUCAAUCUGGGAACCUUUUGGUGCAUUAUUUAUUUAAAUUUAUUCUUCAACAUUUUACACCUUCAGAUAUCCCUCUGAAAAGCAAUCUAGGACUAGUACUUUCUCUAAUCUCUCUCCUCUUGCAUAUAUCUAUCACUCUUGAUCUUCAACUACCCUGCAUUCAAGAAACAAAAGCCCAAAAUGGGCAGUAGCCUAGCAAACUGCACUGGAUCCUGGUCUAUAAGUGAGGAAUCUCUAAGAAGAUAUGUGUUCUAUGCAAGUGAGAAUUGCAUACAAGAAUUACUCUCUGCUUCAGAUUCAAACAGUGUUGGGAGUGCUAAUGAUGGCUGGAAAGUACUUGGCAUAGACAAUGGAAUUGAGAUAUCGAAACAAAGGUCGGGAUCACUUCACACAUUUCGCAGCCGGUGGUUACUUAAGUCAGUCUCUCCUCAGCAAUUCAUUACGGUGGCUAAUGCCAUUGAUGCUGCUAAGCAAUGGGACUCUGAUUUAGUAGAAGCCAAUUACAUAAAAAACCUUGAAGAAAACCUCAGUAUAAUCCGCCUAAGAUUCGGAGAAAAAUCCAAGCCCCUAUUCAGAAACAGAGAAUUUAUAGUCUACGAGCGACAUGAAACCAUGGAUGAUGGAACUCUGGUAGUGGCAGUAGCUUCUCUUCCAAAAGAGAUAGCUGCUGGCUUACAUCCAAAGCAAAACAAUGCCAUUAGAGGCCUACUUUUGCAGUCUGGAUGGGUUGUUGAGAAGCUUGAAGAUGAUUCUUGCAUUGUCACUUAUAUUGUUCAGUUGGAUCCAGCAGGAUGGCUGCCCAAAUGCUUCGUGAAUCGGUUCAAUACAAAGCUGGUUAUGAUAAUCGAAAAGCUGAAAAAGCAACUACUAGCAUGUCCCGAUAAUGGUGUCGCAUAGUAUAAAGGAACCAAAAAGUGAACUAUCUUCGCGAUGAAGAUACAUAUCAAAUAAAGUUCGGCAACAUCUCUCAAGGAUCUUCAAGAGCUCAUAUCGACCAAAAAGUUUAGAACUUCAAUGUUGACUCUUUGUCACUUGGGCUGUAAUUUGUUUCUAAGUGUUAGAUUCUAGCUGCUAAAGAAUGAAAAUUUAAUUUCGUACAAUUAGUUAUUGCAUUGGAUAAAACAAGUUAUGCAAUCUUGGUCACUCCCUCAAGAACCCAAUUUUAGGUGUUAAAAACGAGAGUUGGUUUCAUGUCUAGUUCAAUAGUGAGUUAAAAUUGGCUUCACUGAAAUUU